UGCUAAAAUCUAGGUCAUAGCUUAGUAUUAAAAAGCUCGCAAUGAAGAUUUUCGCAUCACUUUUUGCCUUGGCUGCUGUGCCGCACGCGCUGGGGGGGCCUGCUAUAAAUACGGGCAAGGUUCCGCUGCCGGAGCGACUGUUGCACCAUUUCCCGAACGGAACCUGGGCGGAGAACAUCUCCGUGCGUCCCAAUGGCAACCUCCUGAUCACUUUGUCUACGCCUACUGGAUCGGUGAUGCAGGUGAAGGAGCCAUGGACUGCCAACCCUGUGGUGGAGGAAGUCUUCAACUUCGAUCAAUGGGUCGACAGGCUCAUUGGUAUAGGCGAAACUACUCGAGAUACGUAUGUUGUUGUUGGUUCACGUUUUUACUCCCCGGACGCCAUUGCAUCUCCAGUUGAGACUACCUUUUGUGCCAUGGAGCUCGACUUCAGCAAGGACCCAAACAAGCCCAAGGCACGCCUGAUCGCUCGGCUCCCCGAGGCCUACCUCCUCCAGAGUGUUGCUGCCCUCCCCUGGGACCGCACCACCGUGCUUAUUUCGGACCAGUAUCUUCUGAAGCCGAGGUACAACCAAAGCGACUGGACGCCAAGCCCCGGCCAGGUCUGGCGGCUCAAUACCGUUACGGGAAAAUACAGCCUUGUCAUGGCCAACUAUCCCGAGAUGACUUCCAUCGGCGCCAAAGGUCCAGAUGUUGGCAUCAACGGCAUCAAAAUUCGAGGUAACUGGUUCUACUGGGGUAAUACAGACAACAGCUAUGUCUACCGGCUGAAGAUCGACAAGAAAGGUGCCCCCGUGCCUCCCGGCAAACCACAGGUGGUCACGCACUUUGACACCUUCUGGAACGACUUCACAUUUGGUCCCGAAGACGAGGACAUCUUAUGGUCGGCGGGUUGGAACCAGGUUGUGGCAGUCUCAAGCGCGGGUAAGGUUGUUGUUGUCGAUGGCGUCGGUACAAGUAACAACUUGACCUUCCCAGGACCAACUGCCACAGGCUUCGGCAGACACCAUGAGGAUAGGGAUAUUCUUUAUGUUACGGGGAAUUUAUACUCUAUCCCCGAUGUACCUAUCGACGGCAAGAUCGGUGGCUGGAUACGAGCGAUAAACACCACCGGCUUUCGAUUCUAG